CGGCUGGAGCUGCGCCGAUCCGAAGCCAGGAGCCAGGAGAUUCCUCCGGGUCUCCCACGUGGGUGCAGGGGCCCAGGUACCCAGGCUAUCCUCCACUGCCUUCCCAGGCCACAGCAGAGAGCCAGAUCGGAAGAGGAGCAGCCAGGACCAGAACCGGCGCCCCUAUGGGAUGCUUCUGUGCAGCAAGACUGUGGUGGCUCGCUCGUGAAGAUCGUGGGAGGAGCGGAUACCGAGGAGGGGAAAUGGCCCUGGCAGGUGAGCGUGCGGUUCCGAGGCUUGCACGUGUGCGGAGGCUCCCUGAUCGCGGCGCAGUGGGUGCUGACCGCGGCCCACUGCAUUUUAAGCCGUUUCCAUUACAGCGUCAAGAUGGGAGAUCGAAGCAUCCACAACCAAAACACCAGUCUGGUGAUGCCUGUCCGGAAAAUCAUUGUCCACUCUCUGUUCAGAAGAGCUAGAACGGUGAAAAAUGACAUUGCUCUUCUCCACCUCCGGCAACCUGUGAAUUUUACCUCUGCCGUGCAAUCCGUCUGCGUCCCUUCAGAGAUUCUCUGGGUGGAAGCUGGGACCAACUGCUGGGUGACUGGAUGGGGCAAAACAUCACAGGGUGUGAAUGCAAAGCCUGCAGAAAUUCUCCAGGAGGUGAACCAAGAAAUCAUCCACUAUAAAGAGUGUAAUGAAAUGUUGAAGAAUGCCUCACUUUCUCGUAAAGAUCUGGUCCUGGAAGGGAUGAUCUGUGGCUAUAAGGAGGGAGGAAAGGAUUCCUGUCAGGGAGAUUCUGGGGGCCCCUUGGUCUGUGAAUUUAAUAACACGUGGGUCCAGGUGGGGAUUGUGAGCUGGGGCAUUGGUUGUGGUCGUGAAAGACUUCCUGGAGUCUAUACAGAUGUUCGCUUCUACAGUAAGUGGCUGAUUGCAGCAGUGAACCAGGCUGCCCGUUUCUAUCCAGUGGUGUUCCUCGUCCUACUCCUGGGUCUGGUACUGCUGCAUAGCAUCCUGGUGACCUUCUGAGAAGGUCACCACCUCACCCACUGCCUUCCUGUUUCUGAGUCUCACACUUUCAGAAGGUGUCCUUUCCCUCCAACCUCCCAUUCCAUUUCAAUGCUCUUGCCUCAAGUUCCAGUUGGGAUCCUUAGACUCUGUGGAGAUGCACACAAUACAGCAUGGCAGGGAGACUGGAGCCUGCAAAGUGUCUAGACCUGUUAUUCUGGUCACCUGCCUUAGCCACACCUACACCUGGGCUAUGCUCUUCCUGGUGGGAAGAAGGGAGAGGACUGAUCAAGCUACAGGACCAGCCAGGUGGAGCAUGACGACCUGUUGACAUCUUGGAGAACAUCUACCAAAGAAAGACAUCAUCAACAGCGGAACAAGCCCUAGGCCUGGCUCUGGAUUCAGGGCUCUCAUCUGAGACUUUGUCAAACACUCAGCCUGGUGACGCUCAGAGGAGUGAAGAAGGCAUUGCCAGGUCCCUGCAGAGGUGUGAGGCCUGAGACUUCCAUAUCUGGCUCAGUUGCCUGGGGCUGGGGGGAGUUCCCCCACACCCAAGUGAGGGCCCACCUGUCAUUGGAGAGCCUCAGCCACGGAUCCUCUCAGGGCCACCCAGCCUUGCACCCCCUUCCUCAGUGCCCCAGUGGCUGCAUCCAGGGACACCACACCAGAUUGUGUUGAGGCAUUAUGGAGUAUGGAGGCUUCAGAUGUCAACUGAAUAAAUGUCG